GAGGCCAGUCGCUGUAUGUUGACUUCAGUCAUGAGCCCGCGAAUGGCGCAAGAAGCUUCACCAGCAAGGAAUCGAAGCGCACAGACGCAAACGUGCACACACCGAAUCGCCGUCGCUGUGUCGACUAUAUUUGAAGGGAUGUCUCGGAUCCCAUUGAUUGUCUCGUAUUUGGACCCGAAUUGUCAACUAUGAAGGAAACCAGCAGAGAGAUGCGGUGUUUUUCGCUCCCGAGAUGUAGAUUCGACGCUCGUCAUGGCAAGAGGAAUCUGAAUUGAGAAUUAUGUGGUCUAGGGCUUCGGAAGGUUGGGAGGAAGAGGUAAUUUGGCAAGAUGUUGGACUUCCACGAGCAGAUUGUCGGAGAGGUCGUUCAGGAAGAUGGGAUUGUAGUAAUGGGCGCAGGAUUAGGGCUGCCUCAGGUUUUGGCAUCACUUCUUACUCUCCAUUCUCCUGCUCAAGGCCUCAUCCUCAUUCUGGCUUCGAGCGAUUCCGAGCGGGAGUAUGUGCGAGAAGAGAUGCAGGCGGUGGAUCCCCAGGCCAGUACUCUGGUGGAGAUUAAUAAUGAGUACACGAGUGCAGAGAGAGUGAGCUGCUACGCCAAAGGGGGAAUGUUUGUCAUCACUUCCCGAAUCCUCAUCGUCGAUAUGCUUAAUGAUCGAGUGCCACUUCACAAUGUGGCGGGGAUCAUUGUCUGUAAUUGUCAUAAGGUUACCGAAACUUGUGCUGAGGCAUUCAUUUUGAGGCUUUACCGCCAAGCAAACAAAACAGGAUUUAUCAGGGGCUUUUCUGACAAGCCACAGCAAAUGGUCGCAGGAUUUGGAAAAACCGAACGUAUAAUGAAAAGCUUGUUUGUGAGGAGAUUACAUUUGUGGCCUCGAUUUCAGCUCUCUGUGAGUGCCGCCUUGGAGAGUCACCCGCCGGAUGUGAUCGAUAUUCGGAUGCCUCUGACUCCUGCAAUGGAAGGAAUUCAAACAGCAAUUAUAGAAGUUAUGGAUGCUUGCUUGAAAGAGCUGCGGAAAACGAACAGGGUUGAUAUCGAGGAAUUGACGGUAGAGAAUGGUCUUUUCAAGUCAUUUGCAGAGAUAGUUCGGAGGCAAUUGGAUCCAAUUUGGCAUACUGUCGGGAGGAAAACAAAGCAGCUGGUGGGGGAUCUGGAAACUUUGAGGAAAGUUGCAGAAUAUCUUCUGAGAUAUGACGCCGUCACUUUUCUCAAAUAUCUCGACAAUCUUCGGCUGUCAGAGGGCGCAAGAUCUGUUUGGCUUUUUGCUGCACCAACUCUUCGAAUUUUUGAGUUGGCCAAGCGAAGGGUUUACAAGAUAAUGAGGACUAAUUCGAAGGUAGAGGUAAAGAGUAAAUUUAUUACGGCACAAACGCAACCGCGGAAACCCACAAGGGCUCCUUCAAAGCGCAAAAGUGCACCCGAAUCAGCCCCGAUUGGUUUUGGAAUAUUGAAUGGAGUUAGUCAGUUUUCUGAUGGGAAGAGAAUCAAAUUAGAACCUUCCGAAACAGGAAGUGCAGCUUCCGUUCUGGACAUGCGCGAGGAUUUGGUAAUGCUUGACAUGCUCAAGGAUGCUGAGAACGAAAACAAGGAAGAAAGAGAGACGAUUGCACCUGCAGACACCCAGAGCAUUGAGCUCGAUGUUGUCGUGGAGGAGAUGCCGAAAUGGAGAAUUUUGAGGGAAGUGUUAGAGGAGAUUGAGGAAGAAAGGAAGCAAGUAACUGAAGCUGCCACAGAAGAGACUAUGUCUCAGGAUGCUUGGGGUGAAGGAGGUGGAGCAGUACUCGUAGCCUGCAAGGAUGAACGGACAUGUUUGCAGCUCAACGACGUUAUAUUGAAAGGCCCGCAGAAGCUGAUGCGGGAGGAGUGGAAUAGAUAUCUCAUCAGUAAAGUAGAGCUGCAGAAGAUACGCCAGCGUGCAAAGAAGAAGGCCAGUUAUAGUAAGGGCACAGGAAGCAUGGGAGUAGGAGUGUAUAACGGCGUGGUCCAAAAUAGGAUGAAUGUAGUCAGAGAGAACUUUAGUGGUGCACAGCAGCAAGAGCAGGAUGCACUUCUGGCAGCAGCUGCCCAAGUCGAGAAAGAAAUUAUUGUUCCUAAUGAACAGAUCGUUGAGAAUGGUACUAAGGGCCGAGGAAGAGGGAGAGGACGAGGACGCGGGAGAGGAAGAGGAAGAGGGAAGGGUAGAAAUAGCGAUAAGGACGUGGAUGGUGGCGGGGUUAAGAAGAAGAAUGGUACAGGGAGAGGUCGAUCGCACACAGAAAAGAAGGACGCAGGUGUUGAAGAGAUCCAGGAUCCCAACUCAGCCUCUAAAAUCUCAGGCGAAGCACUAGGUGCAGAUCAAAGUUUUGCCGGGCCGCUGGGCUCGUCAAUGGAGCAUGAAAUGCCUUUUAAAGCGUCUGAAGAAAGUUCUGAAGUUCAGGAAGAUGAGGGAGCUAGAAAACCCGUUCCCCCAGUACACUACUAUGCGUUGGAGAGCAAGCAACGUGUUCUUGAUUUGAUUAAGCCACACUUUGUGGUCAUUUAUGAUCCCGAUAUGAGUUUUGUAAGAGAAUUAGAAGUUUACAAAUCGGAACAUCCACUUCGGCCUCUAAAAGUGUAUUUUCUGAUAUACGAAGAAUCCACCGAAGGUCAAAAAUUCGAAGCUAGCAUUAGAAGGGAAAAUAAUGCAUUUGAGUCUCUCAUCAGACUGAAGGCUUCACUACUAAUCCCAGUUGACCAGGAUGGACGAUUGCUAGACAUUAGAGAUCCGAGUCAAUCUGCGACUGGAGUUUCCUUAGCACCAUCAACUAGGAAGGCUGGUGGCAGGAAAGUAGAAGCGAAGCAAAUGCAGGUAAUUGUCGACAUGAGAGAGUUCGGAAGUAGCUUACCAUGCGUAUUGCACCAGCAGGGGAUGCGCAUAUUACCAGUAACUCUGGAGGUUGGAGACUACAUUUUGUCACCUGAUAUCUGUGUAGAGCGGAAAAGCAUAUCAGAUUUGUACUCAAGCUUCGCAUCAGGUCGUCUUUAUCAUCAGGCCGAAACCAUGACACGGUACUAUCGCCUUCCGGUGCUACUCAUUGAGUUUGCACAGGAUAAAAGCUUUUCUUUGCAGUCAGCAAGUGACGUAGGUGAAGACAUCUUGCCAGCGAAUAUUGUAUCGAAAAUGUCUUUAUUAGUACUUCAUUUCCCACGACUGCGGAUCGUGUGGUCCCGGAGUCUCCAUGCAACAGCCGACAUAUUUGCUUCUCUAAAAGCCAAUCAAGAUGAGCCUGACCUAGAGCGGGCCAUGCGUGUUGGAGUUCCCACUGAAGACGGCCUGAUCGAAGGAGACAUGAGGGCUGAAAACUUCAAUACAACCGCAGUGGAGCUGCUUCGUCGGCUCCCUGGUGUCAGCGAUGCCAAUUACCGCUCCAUUAUGGACAGUUGCAAGAGCUUAGCAGACCUGGCUCUGACGCCUGUGGAGCGACUGGUGGAGAUAAUGGGAGGUCAACGACCUGCCCGAAUGCUGAGAGACUUCCUCGAUGCUAAGUGUCCUGUCCUCUGAAACUCUCUCUACACUCUCUUCCAUCAGCAGCAGUGGCGUCUAUUUAUUGAAUUCACAUACAUCCUCGACACAAGGAUGAAAAGCUUCCGUCACACAGUGGAGCGUAUUUGCUGUACUCAAAAUGGGGAGAGGAAAACUUCGUUGUACGCUAGGCAAUCUGUACAUUUGUUGUCAUGCAGUUAAUCAGCUUGGAGCAUGGCAGAGCUCAAGCACCCUCGAUACAGUAGUUAGUUCCUGGGGUCCUUGAUGUCUGACACAGCGUUAAAUUUCAGGGGCGUGUGUACUUUACAGGAAGGAAAGAGUUGAUUCUUGGGUGAUGCCCUUUGCAUUAGGCUGCGCGCAUCACCCAUUGUGGACACCUUGUCCACAUGUCAAGAUAGUAACUUACAGCAUACUAGAUCAAGUAUGUAACUGACACGAAGGUUGGAAAAUAAAGGUUCUGGAUGACUGGAUGGA